UCCAAAAUCCAAAUGUACAAGUUUCAUUUAUUUGCUCAGACAUUUGCUACUUAGUAUUUUUUUCCCAAUCAUUCAAUUCCAAUCCAACUUUAUUGUAUUCCUUUUGUGCUCAGCAAUACCAACUCUCUCUCUCCUCUCUUUCCACUCUCUCAUCUCUCUCUCUCUCUGCAAUGGUUUUGGUUGAUAAUCAUGGCAGCAAAGAUGAAGGAGCUAUGGUGGAUUUUCGUGGAAAACCGGUCGACAAAUCGAAAACCGGUGGUUGGCUUGCAGCCGGGCUCAUUUUAGGAACGGAACUCUCCGAGAGGGUUUGCGUGAUGGGGAUAUCGAUGAAUCUCGUGACGUACCUCGUCGGAGAAUUGCAUCUCUCGUCGGCAAAAUCGGCGAACAUCGUGACGAAUUUCAUGGGAACUCUCAAUUUACUCGGCCUCCUCGGAGGCUUCGUCGCGGAUGCCAAACUCGGCCGUUACACGACGGUUGCUAUCGCGGCAUCCGUCACAGCUUUGGGUGUGACAUUGUUGACAUUGGCCACCACCAUCCCCAGCAUGAGGCCUCCUCCCUGCACGGAUCCGCGAGGGCAGUCGUGCGUGGAGGCCAGCGGGCGCCAGCUGGCCAUGCUCUACACGGCCCUCUACACGAUCGCGUUGGGGGGAGGAGGCAUCAAGUCUAAUGUCUCCGGCUUCGGAUCGGACCAGUUUGACUCGUCUGAUCCGAAGGAGGAGAAGGCGAUGAUAUACUUUUUCAACCGAUUCUAUUUCUGCAUUAGCCUCGGGUCCCUGUUCGCGGUCACGGUUUUGGUCUACAUUCAAGACAAUGUGGGGAGAGGGUGGGGCUACGGGAUCUCGGCCGGGACGAUGAUCAUCGCGGUUGGUGUGUUGCUGGCGGGGACCGCUUUGUACCGCUACAAACAGCCCCAGGGGAGCCCGUUGACCGUGAUAUGGCGCGUCGUCUCCUCCGCGUGGAGGAGACGCCGACUCCCGUAUCCUCCUCAACCCGACAUGUUGAAUGAGUACUUCAGCGCCACGGUUCCUCAUUCGAAUAAACUUCGGUGUUUGGACAAGGCGUCGGUAAUCGAGGCCGACGCGGGGGCCGAGGGAGCCAAAGGCGCGGCGACAGGGAAAGUCGCAACCGUUACUCAAGUUGAGGAAGUGAAGAUGGUAGUAAUGCUCCUACCAAUUUGGUCCACUUGCAUACUUUUCUGGACAGUCUACUCCCAAAUGAACACAUUCACCAUUGAGCAAGCCACCUUCAUGAACCGGAAAAUCGGCACAUUCCAGAUCCCGGCCGGAAGCUUCUCCUUCUUCCUCUUCAUCUCGAUCCUCCUCUUCACGUCCCUCAACGAGCGGCUCCUCGUCCCCCUAGCCCGCCGCGUCACCCACACAAAACAAGGCCUGUCCUCCCUCCAGAGGGUAGGGAUAGGCCUUGUUUUCUCCGUAUUCGGCAUGGCGGCCGCGGCCCUAGUGGAGAUGAAAAGGAGAGACGCCUUCGUCAACGACGGCAUCAGAAUCCCCGCCUUCUGGCUCGUGCCCCAGUUCUUCCUCGUGGGGGCCGGGGAGGCCUUCGCCUACGUGGGCCAGCUCGAAUUCUUCAUUCGAGAGGCCCCAGAGAGGAUGAAGUCCAUGAGCACGGGGCUGUUCCUCAGCACCCUGUCCAUGGGCUUCUUCGUCAGCAGCCUGCUCGUCACGCUGGUCGACAGCGUGACGAACAAGAAGUGGCUGAUGAGUGACCUCAAUAGAGGGAAGUUGGAUAACUUCUAUUGGAUGCUUGCACUUUUGGGGAUAUUGAAUUUUUUGGUGUUUCUUUUGUUUGCAAUGAGGCAUAGGUACAAGGUGCAGAACUAUGUUGCACCUCAGCUUGAUGGGGAAGAAGAUCUCAAGGAAGGUACAAGCAUUAAUGCAGGCAAGAUUGCAGCUGAGGUUGCAACAGAAGUGCCUUAAAUUGGACUUUGAUCUAUGUUUAUAUUAUUAAAAUUUUUUUGUUAAUUAUUUUUUUGUUAUUAUUUUUUUUAAGCAUAAGUUGGUAAAUGUAUAUAGGGAGUACACACUAUGAAAAAAAGUAUUUUUUUGUUGUGUAAAAUUAUUUAGAUUUUGGUAUAUGUGUUUGUGUCUUGUAUUUGGAAUUUUGGAUUGUCAUUGUAUAAUAUUUGAUUUUGUAAUGUGUAUAUUCAAGUGUUGUUUUUC